CAGGCCUUACAUAUUCCCAGCUGGUCCCGCAUAUAUUGCUACGUUGUACCUGGAGACCCGUUCCAUCAAUAGUUAACUUCCUCGCUCUCGAAUCGGUGACAUGAUCCUCCGCCACGACAGCCGUUCUUCCAGGCGGCCCAAUAUUUCGAAUCCGAUAUUGGCAUGCUCUGAGUUCCGGUGUUACCCCAGUGCGAACCUUGUCCUGGACCGAAACGUCCACCUCGAGGUACAUCCUGAAGUUUGCCUUUAUAUUGAGUGCUCCAGAGUAGGAGAAUAUCACCAUGUCUUCCCAUGACUCUCCUAGGACCUCGUUAGGCCAUGCGCCCUUGCUCUCUCUUGGACUAGGAUCCCGUCGUGGCUCUUUCGCAUCUCUCUCUGGAUCGGCUCCCGUCGAUAGGGAGCAACUAGCCCAAGCUCUAGAUAAGAUCCAUAAUGCCGCAUCUAAUUCAGAAACUCUUACAACGUUCAACGAAUUCGCACCGCCACCCCCUUCCUCUUCCAACGCCGAAAGCAAAAGUCUAGCUGGAGAUAUUGUGCAGAAUGGCCUCAGUGGAUUGUACAGCCGUUUUCGAGGAGCAGUUGGGGCAGGGAAGGACAAGACUCCACCGACGUCGAAUAGAGGUGACAAUGAAAGCUUAGGAACCUCUUCUUUAAAUAGUCAGAAUGUUACGACCCCAACCUCCAAAGCCUCAAUGGCUCCUACGAGAGAGGACAGCGGCAUCACUGCAUCACCUGUCCAGUUAUCCACCUCAUCAUCUCUUCUCCAAUCCCCAACUGCCUCGUCUUUUGCUGGUCAUUCUUCCGAAAGUCAGUCACAGACUAUGAAAUCUUCUAAAUCGUCUUUUGUAUCAACUCCAGCAACAUCCAAGGCGGCUACUUCCAGUAGACCAUCCAUAACGCCAAUGACGAAGGCUACAGCCUCAUCUGUAAUUGUUCCUACCGUUGCUCCAGUCAAUGUGAGUGCAUUCAAAGAUGGAGGUAAAGGUCGAGGCUCAACAGUCGAGUCCAACACAUCUGAGAGAUCCGAAUCUACGCCCUUGUUAACGGAUCCCCAAAGUCAUGAUAACUCAGCUACAUUCGGAUCUGGAGAACUACGCCAAAACCGCCAUCUGCCAAAGGAAACUGUGGAUGAAUCCGCGAUUUCAGAUACCUCUGAGGGCGACACUGGUACUUCAAAGGCCAUUCAGGACGGCAGCUCUCUCGGCGGCGAUGGCAGCGUCGAGUCCCGGAAAAUGGUAAAUGGCAAUUCAAAAACUGCCUCAUCAGCUUUAUCUUCGUUGCAAACUUCGGACUCGACGCGUACAACAGCUUCGUCCCGUGCUGGUGCCCCAGAGGUCCUGAGACGUCCCGCCGCCAUUGACCGCAUUGUUCAAUCGCGUUUACCAAAUUAUCAAGCAUCCAGAGCAUCUUCAACUGAUCGAUCAAGUACUACUGCAGCCAGUCCUAUAACCACGUCUGCACAUAAUAGUGUCAGACAUGAGACGUUCUCGCCUGAUGAAGGCCUUCCUGGUGGGUACUCGGGCCGCUACCGCAUUCCUGGGAUAACAACGAAUGAAGGCGCUCCUGAGGUUGUCAGCGCAAGACUUGAGCGAAUGAGAAAGCAAGUUUUGAGUAAGGAGUUUUGGAUGGCGGAUGAGAUUUGCAAGGAAUGUUUCCUUUGUGGUGACCCCUUUUCUGCAUUUCGAAGAAAACAUCACUGUCGAACGUGUGGUUGUAUCUUUGAUUCCAAGUGCACUUCCAUAAUUUCGGGUCAAAGAUUUGGUGUUCAAGGAUCGCUGAGAGUAUGCAAGACUUGUCUCGAUAUCAUCAACAGAAGACAUGACGACAGCAGUGGAUCGGAUGAUUCAGGUGAUGAAUCUACAUUGCCGACAUUUUUUCAGGCCCAACAAGCAAAGUUUGAAUCAUCCGGCAAGGCCGAACCUAUAGAGAUUCCUAGCCAUAAUGAGGCAGAAAGACUUGAAGAUAACGACAAGAGCAGUUUGGCCACUCCAAUGAUGGCAAUACCAGCCACUCGGAGGAUUGGUGAUUCUGCUAAUAGGCAAUCGUUAGUCUUGGACAUUGAUGCACCACAGCUAAGCCGUCCAAGCUCUGCAAGAUCUUUAAGAUCUAUGUCAGUUGGUGGCCGUCCAGCAUCUUCGGGUCACAAGAGGCACCAAUCAAAACAUAACUUUCUUGGACGUUUCAAACCGACAGCUGAAGAGCGGGCUCCUUUCCACCGCGGAGUGGUGGAUGAUUUGGCAAAACGAUCACGAUUACCGGCCUUCCACGAUGACAAUAUCAUUGAUCCGGAUUUAGCGCCAUAUAUGUCAGACGAGGGUUCAAGUGGAGAUGAGCAGAUGAGCAUCUUCGCGACUAUGAAUGGUGCUAGCACUACGAGUGCAAGUUUUGAAAAUGACAGAUCCGGGUUUGGCUCAUUAUUGAGCGCCAGCAAGAAAAAUAGGACCAGAGCUGGCGAGAAGAGUGUCAGCGGUAUCAGUUUCACAAGUCGUGGUAUUGACGAGGCUAGUGGAGGUGCUUAUACGGGAGGGUUCACUCGACCUAACCGGCGACGAAACCUGAGUACCGCGAGUAAUAAUCUACACCACUCUCGAAGUUCUCCACGGCAGCUAGUGCCAGGGUUUGGUAACCUGAAUGAAGGGUCAGUGGCUUCCGACAUCUUGUCAUCUACGCCGACAAUUGGUCCGUCUAGAAUGACCCGGAGUGCCUCCAUGAGAGAUGCCAAAGCGCCUGCAAUUGAGUUAAACGAUGCCAGUUUACACCACGUUCGACGGUUGCUACAUCAAUUAUUGGAAGACGAGAAUAUACCGAACAUAUCAUCCUGGGAGAAGGCCCUCAUUCCAAUUCUCCUACAAUGCACGGACGAUGUGAACCCCGAUGUGCGUCGGGGCGAUGACAUUGACAUCCGCCACUACGUGAAAGUCAAGAAAAUCCCAGGAGGCAGACCAGGUGAUACUGCAUAUGUAUCUGGAGUUGUUUUUUCGAAGAACCUCGCACUAAAGUCCAUGCCUCGCAGAAUCUCUAAUCCACGAAUUGUGAUCGUGUCAUUUCCCAUUGAAUACCAGCGGCAUCAGCAUCACUUUAUGAGUCUUGAACCUGUCAUAGCUCAGGAGAAGGAAUUUUUAAGGAAUAUGGUGAAUCGUAUCGCUUCCCUCAGACCUCAGCUACUUCUGGUCCAGAAACACAUAUCUGGGCUUGCUUUGCAAUACCUGGCAGAGGCCAAUAUCGCUGUGGCAUAUAAUGUGAAGCAAUCUGUCAUCGAGGCUGUAUCCCGUUGCGCCCAGACAGAGAUAAUCUCUUCGAUAGAUAUGGUUGCGCUGAAACCGGUCCACAUCGGCAAGUGCGCUGGCUUCGAAGUUAAGACUUAUGUUCAUGACGAUAUUCCUGGAAAGAAAAAAACGUACAUCUAUCUCUCUGGCUGCCCCAAGGAAUUAGGUUGUACUAUCGCGCUCAGAGGAGCAAACAUGAACAUUCUCUCUAAAAUGAAGCGGAUCACCGAAUUCAUGGUAUAUGUUGUCUAUAAUCUCAAACUCGAGACCUGUCUGAUGCGUGAUGAGUUUGUCCUCAUCCCAUCUGUUGCAGAGAACGGCGGGAGCUUCUCCCCAAACAGGCAACAAUCAUCACAAUCACUGCAGUCCCGAACCACAGAUCUGUCUCCUCAACAUGACUCUAUAGCUGCAGCCAGUAACAAGUUACAAGCCGUGGUGGAGACCGGAAGGAACCCGCAAGAACACCAAAGUGAGAACGAUGUCGGGCAGAAAGACCAAGGCGGAGUUCAAGAUAACCGUUCGAACACUGAUGCAAGCAAUACGGACGCCGCUCAAUCCCCAGAUUCUGGCAACCGACCUGUGCAUGAGCCCAACUCGAAGACCCCAAAGUUCAUCUCGGCCCACGAAUCUCAUGCACAAGGCUCUCACGAAGAUCAGUUGCCCGAGGAUAUUCCCAUGCCUACCUUCUACAGCGAUAUGGUUGCAAAGCACCAAACCAAGAUCUUGUCUGCUUCACCUUUCGUUAAAUUCCAGCAGCCAUACCUUCUGAUGAGGGCAAGAGAGCAAGAACGAAGACUUGUAUAUCUGAAAAGGCUGCGGGAUCAGGAUACUUUUGAGGAGCAGACUGAAACUGAGAAGUCGAAGCCGCAGAAAUUCCAGCUCAUCAAGCCUGAAAUGGUCCAUGAAACAGUGCAGAGAGCGCCGAGGCAGAUUAUGGAGGUUCUACAUGCCGUCCACGAUGCCGAGUACGAUAAAGCUUUGCACAACUAUCAGACCCAGACACGUCAGUGGGAGAAUUACAUCCAAGGAAACAUUAAUUUAUUUGAUCCAUCCGCGCAUCAGAACAUUACUGUCUUGUACACGGUAGUAUGCACUGAGACAACCAUUCCCUGUGCCGGGCCCGAGCUGCUAGCAUUGGCAUUUUAUAAUGAGCACGAAGUAUCCCCAGACCUGGAUCCGGACUGCACUCUUGGCCAGUACGUCGAGGAUUUGUGCCUAAGUGCAGACACAAUUUGUACUUCCAAUGGAUGCGAGCGGAAAAUGUCCGAACACCAUAGAACGUAUGUCCAUGGCGAGGCACGCAUAACGGUGUUUGUUGAAAAGUAUCCGUGCAAAAUCAAAGGGCUACAUGAUUCCAUUCUUAUGUGGAGCUAUUGUAAGAUAUGUAAGAAGGAGACGCAGGUCAUGCCCAUGUCUGAAAGUACCUGGAAAUAUUCAUUGGGAAAAUAUCUUGAACUCUCCUUCUGGAGCAGCGAGUUGCGUCUAAGAGCGGGCCUUUGUCCCCAUGAUAUUCAUCGCGACCACCUGCGAUAUUUUGGCUUCCGGAACGUUGCAAUUCGCAUACAUUACGAUCCCAUUGAUUUACUGGAGAUAAUUGUACCGCGCACCAGGAUUACUUGGAAGGUGGACAACGAUCUUAAAUUAAAGAAUGACCUGUUUACAAAGAUUGAAGAGCGUUGGAACCGGUUCAUGGCCUCGGUCAAUUCGAGAAUCAAAGGCAUCAACAUUGAUAGUGUUGCCCCUGAGAAAGCCGAGGCUUGCAAAGCGGAGGUGGAACGACUCACCAAGCUUGCACAAGAAGAGCACGCUGCUCUCAUUCGGAAGCUCCAGGCAAAGUAUAUGGAAUCCAAAUACUAUGAGAUCAUUCCACUCAAUAGAGCUGUGAGGGCCAUGCAGGAGAAAGUUGCUCAAUGGGAUGAUGCGUUUGCUGACUUCGACGCUAAUUUCUUCCCUUCUGAAAAAGAUAUUCGGAGGCUUGCGGCACUGCAACUGAAGAAAAUGUUCAUGGAUCGCGAUGAAUCGACAACCUCUAUAGCAUCCCCCGAGGGUGCGGAACUAGCGUCUGAUGUAGACGAGAAGUACUCGAGUGCAUCUCUUGAACUGACUCGAAACCCUUCGAACGUUACUACCGAAGAAGCUCGCGAUGUCCUAACGUCCGUUGUAGAAGAAAAUCCAACAACAGCUGUCCCUUCAGAAAGCCAGGAUACGCCGCCGAUGCCGAAAAUUCAAUCAACUGGUCCACAUGCUCUUGCGCUUGAUCAGGACGGUAUUGAGCACUUGGAUCUUGCCCUUCCUCAGAAGAGCGAUCCAGUUAAUAUAACGCCAUCGAAAACGCCAACGCCGAAUGAUCAUUUGAGCCCCAUUAGUCCAAUGAACGACGAGGAAAGCUGUCCUUCGCCGUUAUCCAAUUCUCCAUUAGAAGCAACGUUAUCAGAGAAAAUCGAAAGGCUUCGAAGGGCCAAUCAGAACAGCCAAAAUGCACAAACUGGGACUCGGGCAGAUCCAUCUGGGAUGCGAAGACCCUCCGACAGAGGCUUUUCUCGGCGGGCAGGCGCUGCUACUUCUCCUCCACUGGGACGUACACAAUCACAACCAGCUGGCACGCUACAUCGCGUACAUCCAACCCCUAGCAAAACGUUCACGAGACAAGGAGAUUCUAAGAAGGUGAACGAUUCUCUGCCGAUUCCUGUGGAACCUCUGAAACCUUCUGCGACAGAACCUGCAAAGCCGACUGAAAAGAAGCUUUCAGAAAGGCUGGGAUUAGGCACCCUGAAGUCUCACCGGAAAGCAGGACAUUCCCUUAUCCCAAGAUCCAUUAACCAGCGCAAAGAAUCGAAUGUCUCUACGUUAGCAAAACACUUUGAGCAACUAAGCCGAGAGUUUGAAAAGGAGCGUCUUCGAGACAGGAAACAACGCGCCGCGAAUGUUACACAGUCGAGGGCCUUCCCGAAAGCUUCCUCAAAACCCAUCGUUGAGGUUUAUAAAGACGUCAAUGAAGCAGUCGAGGAGCGUGGACCUACAGACGAAGAUUUAAUGACCGUCCAACCAUCGAAUUCUGUCAAUGAGUCAAUCAGUAUUGUGGAAGGACUUGCGGAUUUAAACUCGGAGUCCACAGCUGGCAGUACCGGCCCCCAUUCACCAACUGGCACUGCUGCCACAGUAGAUGAGACUGCCACAGAGCCUGAAACGGACGGUCACCAGCAGAGCGUCAGCCAAACUGGUUCAGAUGAUGAAGGAGCUGCAAGCGACGUCGAUCAUUCUUUGCUAGACGAUAUCAUUCCUGGGGCGGCGGAGAUAGCAGAGUCCCUAAGAAAGCCGGACGCUGAUAUGCCGCUGGAAAUCCCAAAACAUGAGAAGUCAAGUCUGAUGAAAAUAUUAACUAACUUUUGGGCUGAAAGAUCUGCGAGUGGCUGGACACCUCUCGAGUAUCCCAUUAACGCUGGCGAUCACAUAUUCGCUGAUGAGGACAUUAUUAUAAGGGAAGAUGAACCAAGUUCAUUAAUAGCCUUCACGUUACAAUCAGAGCAUUAUAGGUCCAAAUUGGCGGAAAUUCGCAACCAGGGAUCGCCUAGUAAGAAUGAGCAAGACUCUUCUACUUCAGGAAGGAUGAACCUAUCAGCAGAAGGUGGUAGGAACCCUGAUAUUUGUCAGGAUGGUGUCGAUCAAGCAGAGGUAGAAACUUCUCUGCUCCGUGCCACCGGAACGCAUUUGGCAUACUCCUUUGUCGAUUCCACAGCAAGGAUGCAAUGCAAAAUCUUCUUCGCUGAACAAUUCGAUGCGGUGCGUCGAAAAUGUGGGGUUGCCGAUCGCAUUGUUGAGUCGUUAUCACGGUGCCUCAAGUGGGAUUCUAAGGGAGGGAAGACCAAAUCCGUUUUCUUGAAGACCUUAGAUGACAGGCUUGUCCUCAAGUCGCUUUCUCCUAUCGAAACGCAGGCUUUUCUCAGAUUUGCACCGGCUUACUUCAAUAUAAUGGCUGAAGCUCUCUUCCAUGAUCUCCCGACAGUUAUCGCGAAGAUGCUCGGUUUCUACCAAAUUGUCAUCAAAAACCCAGCCACUGGGACUGAAAUCAAAUGGGACGUACUUGUCAUGGAGAAUCUCUUCUAUGAUCGUUCUCCAACACGAAUCUUUGAUCUUAAGGGAUCAAUGCGAAACCGAAAGAUUCAGUCUACAGGAGAGCAAAACGAAGUGCUCUUAGAUGAGAACAUGGUCGAGUUUAUAUACGAGUCUCCUCUUUUUGUGCGAGAACAUUCGAAGAAACUCCUACGUGCAGCCAUUUUCAAUGAUACACUUUUCCUGCAGAGGAACGAUGUGAUGGACUACUCGUUAAUGGUGGCUGUCGACGAGGCUCGCAAGGAGCUGGUCGUUGGCAUCAUUGAUGUCGUCCGGACAUAUACAUGGGACAAGAAACUAGAAUCAUGGAUAAAAGAUCGGGGUUUCGCCGGUGGUGGACGAAAUCGACCAACAGUCACCUCACCAAAGGAAUACAAAAGUCGUUUCCGAGAGGCGAUGAAUCGAUACAUUCUUCAAGCUCCAGACAGCUGGUCCCAAUGGCCGCAGGUUGAAACUCGGCCGCACAAGGAAUCAAAGCACGAGGCGCCAGUCGACAAAAGGGAUGUGGACAGGUAGCGUGAUACAACCAGCGUUGGUAGUGCAAGGGCACUUAGCUAUAAUAACUUGCCUCCAGAUGUUGACAAUAGCAUUUUAUUUACAGAUCGCUUUUUAAUUAAUGCUGAUCAAACCUACCACAG